GAGGAUCUAUUUUGUCUCAUUUUUCAUUUUCUUUCCUCUCCGGCCUAGUAGCCUAUGCCUUGCUCGUGAAGUAGCUGUUCUGCGUGAUACCAACGUCGAAGAACGGGACGAGAGAAACGAGAAAUCAGCGGCAGCGGCCGGCCGUUCUCCGUUUGCCGCCAUUCGAGAGUUCACUGCUGUUCUCUUUCCCCUGAAGCAAUCUGCAGCCACACCUUCAAAGUUUUCGUGCAUUUCCUAGAGUUGGGAAUCAGCUUCAAACCUGAAAUUGGAAAACCGAAAUUCAGCUCGCCGCCUGCUUCAGACAGUGAAGCUGUUAAGUAGGGAUGGCGAGCAUGAUAGCUGUUAACUUGGAGCCAGAUCGUCUGAGGGUUGGAUCUCGGGGAAGUAUUAACCGGAUGGUUGAAAAAGUACAACAGGAGAAGUACACGAGCCAAUAUGCAGGAAAUGACGUGUUUGAGGACAAUAGAAGCCGAAAUACCUCAAAUGCUGCCCAAACUGGGUCUACUUUGUUGGAGCAGGGACAGUCUGCAGUGGAUGAUGCUCGAGUUUCAUCUACCUCUGCCUUGCCUUCAGCACCAAUUUGUCGGCAGUUUUGGAAGGCUGGGAACUAUAGUGAUGCACAUGGCUCCAGAGUCAAUCUUCAGAGUGGAAAAACCUACCUUCAUGUUCACCCUAUGUUUCUUCAUUCAAAUGCCACUUCGCAUACGUGGGCAUUUGGUGCAAUUGCGGAAUUGCUUGACAAUGCCAUUGACGAGAUCCAAAACGGGGCCACUUUUGUCAUGGUAGACAAAAUCUCAAAUCCAAGAGAUGGAAGUUCAGCAUUGUUAAUCCAAGAUGAUGGUGGGGGAAUGGACCCUGAAGCAAUCCGGCGAUGCAUCAGUUUUGGGUUCUCUGAUAAAAAAUCUUCAGAAGCUAUUGGACAAUAUGGUAAUGGCUUUAAAACCAGCAGCAUGAGGCUUGGAGCUGAUGUUAUUGUCUUUACUCGCCAUAUGGAAGAAAGGUCUGCGACUCAAAGUAUUGGUCUCCUCUCAUAUUCAUUUUUAAUGCGGAUGGGUCAUGACCGAAUAAUAGUUCCAAUGGUGGAUUAUGAGUUCAAUACAGAUAUUGGGAAGUUCGGAAUUUCUAGGCGGCAUACCAAUGAGUCUUUCCAGGCUAAUCUUUCAUUACUUUUGCAAUGGUCUCCAUAUUCAAGCGAAACAGAGCUGUUGAAGCAGUUUGAUGAUGUUGGAUUACAUGGGACAAAAGUUGUGAUCUAUAACCUGUGGUACAAUGAUGAUGGCAACUUGGAGUUAGACUUUAAUAAAGAUCCUCAGGACAUUUGUAUUGAAGGAGAUACAAGAAAGGUAGAAUCGCUUCCUGCUUGGAGGACAGUAAAGGAACAGCACAUUGCCAAUCGCUUACAUUACUCUCUACGUGCAUAUAUGUCCAUAUUGUACCUGCGAAUUCCUGAAACUUUCUGUAUUAAAUUGCGUGGCCAAGUUGUUAUGCCCCAUAAUCUUGCUGAUGACCUCAAGUUUCCAGAAUAUAUCUUGUAUAAACCUCAGGCUGGGGGGUUAAGAGAGGUUAACGUGAUAACUACAAUUGGGUUUGUGAAAGAUGCUCCACAUGUCAAUAUCCAUGGCUUCAAUAUUUAUCACAAGAACCGUCUAAUAAAGCCUUUUAUGCAGGCUGUGAAUCUUACUAACACUAGGAGCAGAGGAGUCGUAGGUAUUCUAGAAGCAAACUAUAUCCAACCAACUCAUAGUAAACAGGACUUCGAGAGAACUUCCAUUUUCCAAAAGCUUGAAGUUCGAUUGAAGGAGAUGGCAUGGGAAUACUGGGACUAUCAUUGUGGGCUAAUAGGAUACCACGUAACAAAGAAGGUUAGAGCAGUGAGCUCUCCAUCUGAUCCUCCUGCCAUGUCAAAUCGAACCUUCCCUACUGUUGGCACCGAACAGGCAGCUUCUCCUGGGUUAGGCGUUAAAAGGAAGGAGCAUAGCAAUUCAGUUACACCCGACGCUGUUAGAAAGCUGCCAAGACUUGGGGAAGGUGUAGCAGUUACUUCAGCAUCCAGUUCUAGCAGACAUAUCUCUCAGCAGCAGCAAAAUGCGGUUGCAGUUUUGAUGCAAGACAACCAAAAACUCAAAGCAGACUUAUUUGAAUACGAGAUGCGGAAGGAAGAGCUCAAUCUACAGGUGAUAAAGCUUACUAGGGAACUGGAAGAAGAAAAUGCUGAAUACGAUCGGCUUAUGGCAGAGCUGACCUUAUUGGAUGACAUGAAGCUGGAGAAUCAGAGAGUAAAUAUCGUCAUGUGAUGAUGUACAUAUCAAAUCAUCACCUCUGAUUCUUUCAUUUUGUAGAAAUGGUAGCAGUAUCUUAAGUUUAGUUGCACAGAAGUUGGUUGGGGGCUGGGCAGGGCAGCCAUUUUUGGGGUUUAGGGAGAAGGAAUUGUGUAGUAAUCCCUUUUUUGAUCAGUCUCUUUUGUUUGUAAAGCAUUCUGGGAAGUGUUUGAAGCUCAUGUUCAAUCUAAGUUAUGAGUUAUGACUUCUUAUCUAAGAUACAGAUGCCCAUUUUUAAAGAACUGAGAUGGAAGUUUGGAAGUUGCGAUUGUUAGUG